ACCCUGUGAGCCGAUUGGCGGCCCUGGCUCCAAGCAGAAAGGGGAGACACUGAAGCUCAGGGAUUAGAGGUGGGUCUACGUAUGUGUGCUGAAUUGUGUACAGGAGGCCCUUGCACUGCUCUUCUUUCCCAGGAGGAUACAGACCAGAUCAGCAAGUGGCUCCAGAGUAACCCAUUUUCUGCUGCGGCUCAGAUGAUAUAGACCUGUCUGCAUCUGCCCUACCACAAUGGUUGUUCCUGAAUCUCAGGACAAAAUGUUCUAUCCUCCUGAUAACCUUCAGAGGGAUGCUCAUGUGCCAGACUUCAACUCUUAUCUGGCACUGUACAGGAAGUCUCUAGAGAAUCCAGAAGCAUUCUGGAAAAAAAUUGCUGAUGAAUUCUUUUGGAAGAAACCUGCUACAGGACCAGUGCUGCAGUAUAACUUUGACGUGACUAAAGGAAGCGUCUAUGUCAAAUGUAUGGAAGGGGCCAAAACCAAUAUGUGCUACAAUAUCUUGGACAGGCAUGUGAGAGAGAGGAACCUCGGUGAUAAAGUUGCCUAUUACUGGGAGGGAAACUCACCUGACCACCACAUGGUUAUCACCUACCGACAGCUGCUGAGCCAGGUCUGCCGCUGUGCAAAUGUCCUCAAGAAAAUGGGUGUGAAAAAGGGAGACAGAGUGUCGAUCUACCUUCCCAUGAUCCCUGAGCUGGUCUACACUAUGCUGGCCUGUGCCAGAAUAGGGGCUGUUCACUCCAUUGUGUUUGCAGGUUUCUCCUCUGAGUCUCUGUGUGAGAGGAUUAUGGACGCCCAGAGCAGCGUCCUGGUGACAGCAGAUGGUGUUUAUAGAGGAGAGAAGUUGAUCAACCUGAAGCAGAUUGCAGAUGAAGCACUGGAGAAGUGCCGGGAAAAAACUUCAUCCAGUGUCACCAAAUGCCUUGUUGUUAAACACCAUGUUCUGAGGACAAAAAGUGGAGCUGCAUGCAACAAACUGCAGACACCCUGGGAUUCUGAAUACGAUGUGUGGUGGGACGAGGCCAUGAGAGACAUUCCUGACGAGUGUGAACCUGAGUGGCUGGACGCUGAGGACCCACUGUUUAUUCUUUACACCAGCGGCUCCACCGGCAAACCCAAGGGUGUUCUCCACAGUGUUGCUGGGUAUCUGCUCUACACAUCACUGACUUUUAAGUAUGUUUUUGAUCAUCACCAUGACGACGUGUACUGGUGCACAGCCGACGUGGGCUGGAUCACAGGCCACUCCUACAUCACCUAUGGACCCCUCGCAAAUGGCGCCACAAGUGUCUUAUUCGAGGGUAUUCCCACACACCCUCAUGUCGGCCGCUACUGGGAGAUUAUUGAGAAGUACGAAGUGACCAAAUUCUACACUGCACCCACCGCUAUCAGGCUGCUGAUGAAGUAUGGUCGGGAGCCGCUGCAGAAGUAUGACCUCUCCAGCCUGAGGAUUCUGGGUAGUGUGGGUGAGCCGAUCAACCCGGAGGCGUGGCACUGGUACCACGAUGUGGUCGGUCAGGGCAGAUGUCCUGUGGUCGACACUUUCUGGCAAACUGAGACGGGAGGUCAUGUCUUGACUCCACUUCCUGCUGCCACGCCUCUGAAACCAGGCUCUGCUACGUUUCCAUUCUUUGGAGUAGAGCCUAUAAUCUUAAAUGAACAUGGAGAGGAACUGGAGGGAGAGGCUGAGGGUUACCUUGUUUUCAGGAGGCCUUGGCCUGGAAUCAUGCGUACUGUGUACAAAAACCACGAGCGUUUUGAAAACACCUACUUUAAGAAAUUCCCUGGUUUCUACGUGACUGGUGAUGGUUGCAGGCGGGACAAAGAUGGGUAUUACUGGAUUACAGGUAGAAUAGACGACAUGCUGAAUGUGUCAGGCCACCUGAUGAGCACAGCAGAGGUGGAAGGGGCUCUGGCCGAGCACCCAGCUGUGGCUGAGGCUGCUGUUGUGAGCCGACCUCACAAGGUGAAGGGCGAAUGUCUCUACUGUUUCGUCACUCUCAAAGACAGCAAGGAGUUUAAUCACACUCUGGUGGAGGAGCUCAAGAGACAAGUGAGAGAAAAAAUUGGACCAAUCGCCACACCAGACUACAUUCAAAAUGCCCCAGCACUCCCAAAAACCCGCUCAGGGAAGAUCAUGAGGCGAAUCCUUCGACAGAUCGCCCGCAAUGAGAAGGACCUGGGUGACCUUUCAACCCUGUCUGACCCUAAAGUAGUUGAGGUGCUGUUUAGUCAGAGAUGUGAAGCUGCAGCCUGAAGGGGCUCCGGUCUCCUCAGACCACACCACAGUACAAAUGAAGACGAUCACAGACUGCUGGGGUUUGCAUCAGUGUUAGUGUUAGUGUGCACUCUGUGAAACUACAAUUACACCGCUGACACUGAGAUGUAUAAAUUGUUGUUUUAUUAUAGGGAAAAAUAAUCCUAAUCGUUCAGAGCCAGAUUUGAUGAUUUCCAGAGGUGUUUCAUGUUGACACAUUAAUACGGGGUUAUUUUAAAGUGAUUGUUGGUUUGUGUUUGGGCCAAAACUGAAGACUAUAGCUAUAUUUUAUAUUAAAGCCAGUUCUUUUAAAGCUUUUUAGCUUUAUGUCUCAUAUGAUCAGAAAAGGUUGAUCUAUUUUAAGUGUCUUCCAGCAAAGAAGUCAUGUUUGUAGAGCUUGUUUCUAAUAGAGAUGUAUAUUUCCAAUCUGUACCCUAAGAAUAAAGUGUUUUAAAUUCUUUC